UACAGAUACUUCGGACUCAAACCCGAUAAACCCAUAUGAACUCCCGGGAUUAAAGCUGAACAGCUGUUAUUUGUUCAUUACGGUAUAAUAUCGCUUUAAACUGAGGAAGCUCGCGGAGGAAGCCGCGCAGCCAGUCCCAGGAAGCGGCUAGCUAGCUAAUGAUUCCCAAAGACGGCAGUAAAAUCCACCCAGAGCAUCUCCGGGACACUUUGCAAGCGGCGGCAUGGCCGAGAAGGCAGCGGACCUGACCCUGGUGGUGGCUCACACCCACACCGAGCACAAUCUGCAUCACUAUGCAGACAUGAACGUGGACAGGAUCUACAUGGAUUAUAAUGCUACAACCCCGAUGGAGCCGGAGGUGAUUCAGGUUAUUUCUGAAGCUCUCCUUGAAGCGUGGGGGAACCCCAGCAGCAACCAUCUAGCAGGUGCCAUGGCCAAAGCCAUCAUCAACCAGUCUAGACAGAACGUGGCUAGAAUGGUUGGAGGUAAAGCAGAGGACAUCGUUUUCACUUCAGGUGGGACAGAGGCCAACAACCUGGUGCUGCACACUGCCAUGGAGCACUUCAAGAAAACCUGCAGCGCUGCAGAGCACGGCGGAGGAGUGCAAAACGGCUGCACCGGCCUGCCUCACAUCAUCACCUCCAACGUGGAGCACGACUCCAUCGCACUCACAGCCAAGCACCUGCAGACGGUCGGAAAGGCAGAUGUAACAUGUGUGCCCGUUUCUAAGGUGACUGCUCGGGUAGAUGUGGAGGACAUUAUCGCUGCGGUGCGCCCCAACACUUGUCUCAUCUCUGUCAUGCUGGCCAACAACGAGACAGGAGUCAUCAUGCCAAUCCAAGAGAUUUGCCAGAGGGUAAAAUCUCUUAACAAGCAGCACGAGCGACUCAGGAUCCUGCUUCACACUGAUGCUGCCCAGGCGCUGGGCAAAAUCCCAGUGGAUGUCCAGGAACUGGGAGUGGAUUACCUUACCAUAGUUGGACACAAGUUCUAUGCCCCUCGGGUCGGUGCUUUGUACGUGAACGGUCCUGGAACAAAGACGCCUCUGUAUCCGAUGCUGUUUGGAGGAGGACAGGAGAGGAAUUUCAGACCAGGCACGGAGAACACACCGAUGAUUGCUGGUCUGGGAAAGGCUGCAGAACUGGUGACCGCCAAUCUCUCAACUUAUCAGAGUCACAUGCUAAAUAUCAAAAUGUAUCUGGAAGAACGGCUGCGAGAUGUCUUCAGAGACAAGAUCCGCUUCAACAGUCAUUAUCCCGGCUCUGACCUCCUCCCUAACACGUGUAACGUGUCCAUCCUGGGCCCGGCGUUACAAGGGUGGAGGGUAUUGUCAAACUGCAGGAGGCUGCUGGCCAGCGUCGGAGCCGCCUGCCACUCCGCCAGCGGAAACAGGCCUUCACACAUCCUCCUGAGCUGCGGCGUCCCCGCUGAGGUGGCGGCUAACGCUCUGAGGCUGAGCGUGGGCAGGGAGACGAGCAAAGAAGACGUGGACGCCGUGGUGGAGGAUCUCAGGGAGACGGUGCAGCUGCUGGAAAAGAUGAACUGAUUCCUUUCUUUUGCACUAAAUCGAGUUUCUUGCGUGGGUCAGAUCAGGAUGCGCCAUGACACACGCGCGCUGUUACAAAAACUGAUCUUGUAAGAUAAAGAGAUAUUUAAUAUAAAUAAUAAAGUGGGAGAACUUGGCCUGA